GGGCUCAAAGUUGCCAUCCUCUUAAGGACAACUCCAGCGGUUUCUUAUAGUGUCCUCAUUGCUUUGAUCUCAUCUCUAAUCUCCGGCAACCAUGUCGAUGCGCAUGUCAACCACGAGGUCCACUGUCUCUUCGAGCAGAGGUGGCAUGAUGGGUGCUCCACAGAAAGCCCACAGCGUGUACGGUGGUGGUAUGGGGGGGAGCAUCCGCAUCUCUUCCUCUUCCAUGCAGUCCAGGAGUGGAGGAUAUGGAGGAGGUUAUGGUGGAGGUUAUGGCGGAGGAUUCGGAGCAGGAGGCGGCAUGGGUGAUAAUGCCCAGCUGAAUGAGAAGGCCACCAUGCAGAACCUGAAUGACCGUCUGGCUUCCUACCUGGAGAAGGUGCGUUCUCUGGAGGCUGCCAAUGCCAAGUUGGAGAAGAUGAUCCGGGAGUAUUAUGAGACGAAGGGGCCGGUUGCAGAGAGGGACUACAGUGCCUACUGGAACACCAUCAAUGACCUGAAGGAAAAGAUUAAAAAUGCCACCGUCAACAAUGCCAACAUCCUCCUGCAGAUUGACAACUCUAAACUGGCCGCUGAUGAUUUCAGAAUAAAAUAUGAGCACGAGUUAGCCAUGCGGCAGUCUGUGGAGGCUGACAUCGCCAACCUGCGUCGCUUGCUGGACCAGACAACCCUGAUGAAGGCCGACCUUGAGAUGCAGAUCGAAGGUCUGCAAGAUGAACUGGCGUUUAUGAAAAAGAACCACCAAGAGGACUUGGAGGCAAUGAGGUCUCAGCUGUCUGGCACUGUAAACGUGGAGGUCGAUGCUGCACCUCAGCAAGACCUGAACAAGCUUCUGGAGGAGAUUCGUUCUGACUAUGAGUCCGUCAUAGAGAAACAUCGCAGAGAUCAGGAGGCGUGGUUUAAAGACAAGUCCACACAGUUGAGCAAGGAGGUGGCCGUCAGCACAGAGACCAUACAGACCUCCAAGUCAGAGCUGACAGACCUGCGACGCACUUUGCAGAGCCUGGAGAUCGAGCUACAGUCUCAACUCAGCAUGAAAGCGUCACUGGAGAAAACACUGGCAGACACAGAAGCUAGAUACAGCGCUAUGCUCGCAGGCCUCCAGAAUCAAAUCAACAUGCUGGAGUCAGAGCUGUCUCAGAUGCGGUCUAGCAUUGAACAACAGGGACACGAAUACAAAGUGUUGCUGGAUAUUAAGAGCCGCCUGGAGCAGGAGAUCGCCACCUACAGGAGCCUCCUGGACAAUCAGGACAUUAAGACUCCAGGACAAGGUGGAGGAGCACAGCGAACACACAGCUAAAUGCAGAGCAGACUGCUUUGAGAGACAACGACCAAACACACACACACAUACAUUUUGUUUAGAUUGAGUGUCAAUAAAUAUCAAUGUUGGUGUCCAGAACAAGGAAACAAAUUUUGGCUAAAGAAAACACUCACAUGAGAAAACAUAGCCUACUACAUCUGAUGUUGUGUGUGAGAAAAUGUCUCUUUAAUUAAAGCUGCUGCCAAAGCUA